GGUUUAGUGUACAACCAUUAGCGCUACGGUCAUGCUGGGUACCAAAAAUUAUACUAGUAGUGUAGUAUCGAUGAUCCAUGUACUUAUUUCGGAUCCAUGCAAACUUGGGUGUCUCUCAUCAGCAAUUGUUUUUUUUUGCGCAUUAUUUUCUUACCAAUGGAAAAUUUUAUAAGUUUUUCAUUCAGUAAUUCAUCAACUUCAAAUGAAGUUUGGAAAAAAAAUUAUUAGCGAAAUUGUACCCGGAGUGAAAUCAUGUCUUCCCUCGAACCUCUGUGCAAUUUUCGGCGGAAUCCGUGUAGCUUGGAACUUACAGCUUCGGUGGUGUCCGCUGCGGUGUUGUGUCGUCGAGCUGCCUUCAUGAACCCAACCAAUCCUCCUGAAAAAGUACAAGAGAUCAUCGCAUUGCCACCAGCCAUAGAGCAAAAGAUCAAACGAUUUAUGCCAACAGUAAAGGAACAAAUUGAAUCGUGGAGCGAUUUCUACGACAGAGAGAUAUUCUUCGAUACACCGGGUAGUAGUCGAGCUGAGGAAUAUUUUCACGUGUUAGUUUGGUCAGCAGAUGGUACCAUUAAUGAGGAAGAAACCGCUCGAGAAAUGCUGAAACAAGACAGUUUGAGUACUGCGAAAAAGUACAGAAUCGCUUGCAAUCAUUGUUUGAAAAACGAGAUCCGAACGUUGUGGUCAAAUUUGAAGACGAAGGUAAAUUUGGGAAAAGCUGAACGACGUUAUCCAUUGGUGUAUUAUUGGGAAAGCUUUUGCAGAAAGGGUAAGACUACCGGAAUGAUUAAAUAUAUCAUCGAUGAAGUAUUCAAUGGUGAAUCCAUGUAUCCAGUUUGUGCUGUUAAUUAUUUCUUGAAUCGUUUAAAUUUGGAAAAACGUAUUAAUUUUCUUCGAGCACGCCACUUGCAGAAAAUGUCAUUCAGAAGUUGGGAAAAUUUUCUGAUAAAAUUGACUAACGAACAAUUAGCGUGGCUGUUUAAUGAUUCCGAAACGUGGAAAUUCGUCGAUCACGAACAAAAUUUGUUCUAUUAUUUGAUGAGAUUCUGGAUGCAUGCAGAUUUUGUGAUGCAAAUUUGGAUGCGAAUACGAGACGAGUUUCCCGACUGUGACUUUUCUCUUCUAAUCAAAGAAUUUUUGGACUGCGAAAACCCUCCUUUUCUAUCGACUGAUCAUAUUUCUCUGGCCGUGGAUAUCUUCAAUCUCGCUCCUUAUGAAACGCAAACAACCGUAUUCGAUGAUUACAUACAGGAGGAGUGGUGGAAUCGUGAUUCAAACUUGACCGAUGUCAGAUUGGAUGUUGUCAUUUUAUCAACCAUUUAUCCAGAUUACAGACGAUACAAGUUUUGGUACAGAAAGUGGAUCGAUUUGUUCAAAAAGUAUCCGGCGGAUUGUUUCGUGCAAUUUAUGAACGUAUGUUGUAAAGAAACAACCGGUGGAUCUGAAGAGUUCAAGAUGGAAGUUUUGGAAAUGGAUGAUGAGUUUGCAUCAGAACACUGCUACGUUUUACUGAGUGGAAUGCGAUUUUCCGAGAUAGGUCGUUUUCUCUGCAUGUUUUCGUCGGAUCCUAGUAGAAUUUUGAAAACCAAGCAGCCGAUUCUACGAGAUGAUUUCUUGAAGUACAUUAAUUGGUUUGAAACAGAUAAAUUUAUCUUUCCUCCGUCUAACCAGCUCGUUAAUUUCAUCGAAGAAUCGUUUGAAAGUAUUCGAUCUGCUAAUGAAUUUAAAAUAGAAGUUUUGUCGUCGGUAAAAUGUUUGAAAGCGUGUUACAAGGCUGCUGGAAACGAUAUGUUUGAUUGGCUGAAGGAUGCUGUGUGGAUGUGUAGUUGUAACGACGAUGAUUUCAAGCGAUAUAAAAACAAGUUUUUACAGCUUUGUGUUGAGCUGGCGAAAUUGUCUGAAAGUCCGGUCGUUUUCAAAGAUCCUGGUUGGAUUUUGCUUUUGGAAUGGUGUUCGAAUUAAGACAAUGAGUUGAGAACUCUCGAAUUUUACGUUAGAA